UUUUGAAUAAACAAUUUUUCAUUCACACGCGUGUAUUGCAUGUUUUAAAGCAACUGCAUUGGAUAGGAUGUUAAGUGCUUUGGUGCUAUAAUGUUGUGUUUAUUUAUUUUUACAUUUUUACAGACCACACAAGAUAAUUCUUCCAAUUUAAAUCUCAGUAGAUACUUUGCGUGAAGAGGGUAUCGCUUUAGAUAUGAAGCUUUUCAGAAAAGCUACGAAUUUAAUAUUGAAGGCUUAUAGACGAUAUCCGUACAAUGAUGUUUUGGUCGUUUGUCAAACUCAUCUGUGUACAUUCAAAUCACCAUUCAACAUCAUACAAUGUUUUGUUAGGCCCGAUGGUUUUUUGGAUCCAUCAACGUAUUUAGUUUCGUCUAGAAAGCCAAUGUACAAAGCAGUUAUUUUUGAUAAAGAUGGAACUAUUAUUUGCUUUAACUCAAUGUGGAUACCUUGGGCACGGACUAUUGCAAAAAACAUUUCUAGUGACAUUUCUCGGGAUAUAGGUUUCGAGAUAUUGACUACUCUUGGGUGCUGCCCAAAAACUCACAUUAUCAAUCCAGGUGUUUUAGCUGAAGGUACUGAAGAACAAGUAAUAAUCGCUCUGACAAACUUGUUAGUUUCUCACGGCAUUACAAAAAGCAUGGCUCAGUCCAUUGUGUCUAAGCAUGUUAAAGCAUUAUCACUUUCACCUGAGCACGUUGUUCAGUUGACUGAUAUGAAAAGCAUGUUAACUACUUUGAGACAGCACUCAAUCAAGACCGCUAUUUGCACAUCCGACAGUCGGAAAGGGACAGUACAAGCUCUGGCAGUUUUAGAUGUUUUACAUCUAUUAGAUGUUAUUGUGUGCGGUGAUGACCCUGGUAGACUUCCGAAACCGCAUCCAGAUAACGCGGAAUUCAUAUGUAGGGAACUCCAUGUGUCACCUGAAGAAACAGUUAUGAUAGGAGAUACCUCGACGGACAUUGCUUUUGCAAAAAAUGCUAAUCUAGGUUUAUGUAUUGGUGUUCUUAGUGGAAUCGGUCAACAAAAUGGUUUGGAGGAAACCUGGCUUAAGCAUUCUGAAAUUGAGGGUAAAAGUAAUUUAAACGAGGUUAAAUCAUACCAUUCAAAACCUAAGUUACAUAUUGUGCCAUCUGUGGGUCAUAUAUUGCCAAUCGUGUUGCCUGAUCUUAAUCUACCAAUCAGACAAAUUUUGCUCGGUAACAACGUGUUACAUCAAAAGCUGUCAAAUCAAAAGUUUAAACUGGUUAUUAUUGACAAAGAUGGGAGUUUUAUCAAUGUACAUCCCCGUUGGGCUGAAUGGUGUGAGAAAGUCUACAUAAGAUUAUCGGAAAAAACGUCUCCUGAUCUAGCAUGUACAUUUUUGAGCAUACUGGGUUACUCUUCUGAGACGCGAAAAAUAUCUAAUGGUAUUUUAGCUGGAGGAUCUACGGUGUUUAUUGAAGAGUGCCUGCGGUAUUUGCUCAUACUAAAAGGUUACGGAGUCAAGGAGUCUGACCAGAUAGUAAACCAGAUAUGGAUCUGUCCAAGCUCUAUACCAGGUAUAACUAUAUCUGAUACAGUUGAAACAGUUAAGAAACUUAGGGAAAUCGGUCUACAAGUAGCUAUAAAUAGUUCAGACAGCCGAAAAGCCUGCGACGAUUUCUUGUUAAACCUAAAAUUGCAUGACUACAUAAAUAUCAUAGUGUCGGCUGAGGAUGCCGGUUGUCACCCAAAACCUUUACCACAUACUGUGCUCCAAAUCAUUGACAAAGUUGGAUGUAAACCUGAAGAAACAGUCAUUGUCGGUGAUACACCUGCAGACUUAAUGUCCGGUCGAUCGGCUAAGGUUGGCCUUACUGUUGGACUGUUAUCUGGAUUUUCAUCGGCAACCGACCUAAUCUCCUAUUCAGACCUAAUUUUACCAAACUUAUCUCAUCUCCCUAAUAUAUUCAUUGAUUAA